AUGUGGAAGGAUAUUCGUGAUUUUCACGAAUAUGUAACCACAUUCACUGAUUUCGACGACGAUGACAAGCUGUCUCAGCUUCUCGUUCGACUGGAACAAUAUAAAUGGCGAAUGAUAAAUCUUCUCUCAAACCCGAAGAGGACACCUGAAGAAAAAGCGAAAGCACAGAAUGAGAAGUUGGAAGUCGAAGGGGUGGAGCUCUCACGAUUCGAGCAGCUAUCUGAGGAAGCGAAAAUUCUUUCCGAUGUUUUUGAGCUGAGAGUCAAUGAAGCGUGCGACUUGAUCUUAGCGGGAGAAGCUCAAAAAAUGCAUUUCGAAGGUCUGAACCGAGGACUUUGUGCGGUCGUUUGCUAUUAUGAUGCUCACAGACUCUUAGCCGCCGUUGUUCGUCAAAUGUUGAAAUGGGAUCGAGAGGAUGUUCCAUCGCAAGUCACCGAAUUCCUAGAUGGUGCAUUCAUCCAUGAGAAUAUGAUAAAAAUGCUGUUUCAAAGAUUGAACACUUUUAACGUCCAGUCCGUUUUCGCUCUUCUCCAGAAUCCAGAAGUCAACGGUUUGGGCGGCUCAAAGCAUCAGAAGCUGUUGAGAAAUGUGAUUGAAGAGACCCGAACAGAAAUCAUUCAAUGCAUCUCGUCAAUUUGCGAAUUUCCCGGAUCACAUGCAGUUCACAUCUCGAAUUAUCUCUUCCAACUCGUUAAGGCUGCUCCUCCAGAGAAAUUGAGUGUUGGCAAUUUGACCGCAUGGGUUUCCCUCAUCAAACUUACAUCUAGCGAAGUAUUGUCACAAGUGCCUGACGCUACACAAGUGUUGACCAGUAUGAUCGGGCACAUUCGAAAUGAGACGGACUGGGCAGAUCAAGCACUAUGUGGAACUCUCCAGCUUGCUUGUGCAGUUUCUCUAAAGUCUAUAGCCUCUUCACCCUCUGAUCAUUUGGGAAUCGAAAAUAUCAAAGUAGAUGUGGAAAGAGUCAUUGAUCGAGCUAUUCGAAAUAUGGCUUUCCAUUAUCUUCGACAAGCUAUCAUCAAGUCGGAGCAUUUCCGGUUCGCCCAUCAGUUCAUUAUCAUUGAUGAGCUUCUGAAACAACUGGUCUCAUAUUUUCCCGCAAAGUUGAUGGAAACUGAACGCAAUUCGACAGAUGAACUCAAUUUUCUCGACGACCAGAAGGAAGCCGCGACGCCUGCAUCUACAAAGAAGCCAGAUCCAAGGAAUCAAACUGUGAAUUUGAAUGACAAGGUUACUGCACAGCUUUCGACUACGGACCCCACGAAUAACUACGACUCGGCGUUGUCGAAUUAUGAGAAUUUCCUGCGCUGUUUUGUGGAUUUGUAUGAGAUGCAAGUUACAGAUUACGUUCAUCAGCGAAUGCCAAAAACGUAUCGUGAAAGAGAACUUCAGGAACAAAUUGAAGAGAGCAGCAUGUCGUUCAGUACUGAAAGAUCGAUCGAGCUUUGCCGUCUCUUGGAGCGUGCACGUAUUCCAAAUCAUCAUGUCGUUCAUUCAGUUGCUUACCUUGAAUUGUGUGCUGCUGUUUGUAAGAAUCAACUCACUGCGGGACUUCUCUUCGAUAUUUUCUCAAGAGAACUCUCUGGACCAGACACCUAUGGUUGGGAAUCAUUGACCGGUGCUCUAAAGGGAUACGACAGGCUGUACAGAGAACAGAAAUCAGUAACCAACUCUCGUUUCAAUCAGAAUCAGACAGUUAACAUGAGCACAAGCUUCCAACAAAGUCAGAACAACCAGAGUCUAAAUAUCAACCUUCGACCCGGAGACAAGAUCAAAAUCCCAGCGCAGGAGCUUAGUGGGCUUGUAGCCUGGCUCCGAAUGGCCACAAAAGUUGCUCAGUUUAACGAGAGAGCUGCUACAAGAUUUUCCGACGAUCCAUCGUGGACAAUGUGCGCUGCUGCAGCAUCAUUAUCUACAUCAUCUGUGCCGCUGGCUUUGAAAGCUGCACUGAUUGACUUGCUGACUUCUGUGGCUCGAUUGAAACAGACUGCACCGAGAAUUUGGCACGUUAUACAUCAGAACCAACUAUGCUACGUCGAAGGAGAUCGAUUGAGAGGAUUGCAAGAAGAAUUGGAAAUGAGAGAAUGUAUUGAGAAGCAGUAUGAUGUUUCGCUAGCCUUUGUAAAACUCAUGACAACUCUUCUUAUGCAUCGAUCUCUUCCGGAAUAUGCCACUCCAUUUAUUAAAUUUGUGACACAAAGUAUUCUGGGACACUUCCUCUUCCGUAGCUACAACAAUGUUGUUCAAAUGUGGGAGCUCGCUGAAUGGUCGUUACGUGCUACUAAUGCCCUUCUUGAGCACGGAAUCGUGGAACCUAGAUCAGUGGCUUCGGAUGACAUUCAUAUCGCAGUGCUGACCCAGUGUCUCAACGAUACUCCAAUGUUCAGAUCGAUCACAAGAGUCAUUAUGGAGGAUUGCCAAGCUCACAACGACCCACAUGUUACUCGUCAAGCUCCAUCAUCCGACGCUGCAUUGAUCGCACUGCGAAUCAUUUCUCGUGCGAUUGUUCUUCAUCCAGCUCUACGUUCCUGCGCACGUGUGACAUCUAGCGACAUACUCGUUGCUUCUAUACCAUCACUCAUCUUCUGCCCAAUCAUCUCAGCUUCUCAAUGCACACUUUUGGAUCUCGUCUUCCAUUAUCUUCAUAUGGCUGAUGAUUAUCCAGUUCAUUCAUUGUAUGCUGCUAGAAUCUUGCGAGACGUGAUGGCUACUCGAGGAGCCGUGGAAACGAAAAUGCUGGAAAUACUGCGAACAAGAAAGUCAGCACCCUCUCAUGUUAGGGCUAUUCGAAUCGCGAUUUGUUCCAAUUCCAUUCAGUAUACAAUUGAUGAUUCGUUGUCGAAAGAAGAAGACACUGACAAUCCACACUUCGCCAGGGGCGAAACUGCUCGACUAGUUCUCGAAACUCUUUCGGAAGCUAUCGACAGUCAUGUCACUAGAUGCCGGAAUCGUGUUACGGAUACAAACAAUAUCUGCUACUACCUUCUUGCAUUCCGUCCAUCAUACGCUAAUACAAAAGAGCUCUACAAGACCGACGACUCGUUCACAGGCCUUCACUAUGUGCUUCAUAUCAUCGAGCAGUUCGUCAAAUCGAAACAACCAUUCAAUUUGCCAUUUUCUGCACUUCUGGAGCCUGCGUUCCGACUAAUGCAACGUUUAGUCUCGAUAUCUUGUCCAUUCUCUCAACCAGUAUUAUGUUUCAUGAGAUCUUCAAACAUCAUCGAACAACUAACAACAUCUCCAUUCAUCUGCUCUGCUCUCACACUAGAAAACGCAAGAGACAACACUUAUGCACAAGGAAUCUUCGCAGUUCGUCGUAUGAUCGUUGGAUACAUCCUCCACUUCUCUGCUGUCGAAAUUUCUGCAAUGCUCACCACUGGACACUACACCCGUCCCGAGAAACUCUACCGUGCUCUUCUGGAGUCUUCAUCUCUUGUUGCCGAAUACACUCAAGAUGAUCUCGAAGAAGAUGUGAACACAACGCUCGCUUCAAGAGCAUCGGGAAGCAAAGAUCAUCCGAACUUGCUCUUCUCGCUGCUUCGACGAGCUACAGUACCACGAAAGAACGAGCUGGUUUAUCCGAAUUUGGUGCAUUUCGAUGUGGCAAAACUUCACGAGUUGUUCGAUGCCUGCCUUACUACAAAUAUUUACGGAGUCGCUCAGUACGAUGUUCUAUAUCUGAAUCGUCUGAUGCGCCGAGAAAUUGAUGCAGUUUACACAGAUUCGUCAGAAAUGAAAUACGUUCAAAAGGAGCUUGAAAGUGUCUUAGAGUACUGCACAGAAGUCAACGCAAGUCUCUUAUCGGAAAGUGCCAGCGAACGAAUCGUAUCUGGAUGUACAGCUCUUCUCAACGUCUUCUCUGUGUUCGCUCCUGUGAAUUUCUUCUCCAACCGGAUGCAGCUCGUCAUCUUCCGAGACGCAUGCUAUGUGCUGAUUGAAAUGUGCUCUGGAGUCGGUGGAGCAUCGCUAGUUUCUGCUUGCCAAACCUUCCAUCGUCUUGUUCUGACAGUUACGAAACUCGCUCAAGUGGAGUAUCCAAAGCUUCUCGCUCAACGACGAUUCUUCGCUCCUCUCUUCAAAUCCAUGAUCGAACUGUUCUUGCAGCCAGGAGAAAAGUGUGUGGAAGCAAAGGUUCAACUAUACAAAACGAUGAGAUUCAUUCUUCGGACCCUCUUCGAGAAGAAUAGCGUAGAUAUUGUUAACAUUGCCGAGGAAUGGUUACUCGAUGGACGAAUGAAGGCUCCAACUAUGCUUUCUGACGAUGAAAUUGUGAAUAUUGUGGACAAAAUGGGUGAUGAGAUAGCACGUCAUCUGGAAAGCAACAUCUCCGAUUUCCCGAAGCAUCGAAAGGCAGCAAUCGUGAUGUUGACCAGUGAUCUCCUGCACGAGGAUUUGAAGAGUAACAAGAAGAUUUGUAAUCAUUUCUCGAAAAGUGGUGUUCCUCGGAUUUUGUGUGACGAGCUUCUGGCUAUCUCAUUCGACUGGAACAUUGUGACAUCUGUCGACAAAGCGAAACGAGUCGCAGGAGUUAGUAUGGCGGAGCACAUUUCCAACUACAAACUUUUCGUCUCGAUUCUAACUUGUUUCACACGAUACGCCUUCUCCGAAUCUGGAUGGAUAGUUCUUUCUGAGUUGGCAGUUAUUGAGAUUCUAGCCGAGAUGCCCGCAUUCAUAGAACCACCAAAAGAUCUUUUCCUGAAACCGGAAACUGUUAAAACAAAAGGAACAGCUGCAAAUGGAUACGCGAAAGUCUUAGAUUUGGCACUUCACUUCUGCGAGCAAAUGUGUUCUAAAACCAAAUGGAAGAAGCAAUCCUACAAAAUUCUCCUCUUCAUUCAACGUCUCGGUGAAGUGUUCCAGCAGCUGAUGCGAGCUGAAAUACAGUGUGAAUGUCUGGAAACUGCCAAAGCGAUUGUUUAUGAAAUAUCUCUUAAUGACGAAGCUUUGGUCGGUAUCAUUGAUGGCGAUCAAGUCCUUCGUGCACUGAAGCAAGCCGAAGAAGCGAAGGAGGUGAAAUCGAAUGCCCGUCAGAAAUAUAUCAACGUUAACACGACAUUCGGUGCUCCUCGUCAACUCUACUCCACACUGCAGCCAUUCUAA